AUGGUUGAAAAAGCACUCGCUCCUGGAAUCUCACAACCAAGCGGUCUUGAGUCCGCCCACUCGAGCGAAGAUGAUCAGUACUUACCUUCGAGUACGAGGCUUAGCGUAAACGCCAAUAUAUUGAUGUUAGCAGUGUUUCGUGUAGCCUUGGACAAUACGAUCAUGGCCGUUGCUAUCACCAAGAUCACAGAUCAGUUCCAUGCGCUCAAUGACGUGGGUUGUAUGUCAGAAGAUAAGAGCCUCCUUUGGGGCGUUUCCGCACGCAGACCUCUGCUGACAUUUAGGCUCUUGCAAGUUGGGUGGCGCAUUCACAGAACACGCGACCUGGUGCUGGUGUUUCUAUAUCAACUUACCUAUCGGAGCUGUUACCACUGCCGGCCUCUUGACGUUGCUCAAGUUGCCCCAGCGAACUCCUCCACAGAAGAACUCCUUGGUGCAUACACUAGCAUGAGUGAUGACGCAACGGUCCCUGCCCGGAUCGUAAGGCAGCGAUCGAUUGCGUUUGCCUCUUUCUUUGGUCUUUGCAUCGGUGCCCCGUUCUUCAUGUUCCAAGCCAUCCGUGGCGCCUUCACCGUCCGCUCGGGCAUCGACUCCCUUCCCAUGGUCCUUGCCAAUGUAAUCGGCAUUAUCCUCUCCGGCGCCUUGACGACUGGCCUAGGUUACUACGCGCCAAUCUUCGUUGCCAGCAGCAUCAUCACCUCUCCCGUUGGGUCGGAUCUCUUUCUCUCAACGGACUACGUCUCGGCUGCGGAUUUCAGCAAAGGUGGUGUGGCCGCCCAGGCUGACCUUACGCUCCCAGACGUAUCCGUGGGCACUGCGAUUAUCAUGUUCCUGCAGAUUCUCGGUGGUGCGCUCUUCACCUUCGUUGCGCAGAGUCUCUUCACCACCAAGCUGACAGAGAAUCUGGCUGCGCUGGAGAUUUCGAGUCUUGACUCAUGCUGGCGCGACUGGACUGCGGGACUGGUGAUCGAAGAGCAGUUGCCUGCAGUCCUAGAUGCGUAUAAUGGAGUCCUGAUCAACGUCUUUCAGCUGGCGCUAAUCAUGGGUUGCUUAAGUACUGUGGGUGCUCAGGGUAUUGAAUGCCGCAGUAGGAAGAAGAGCGAUGGCGUUGCUUCGAUGCAAGACUAA